GUUCACAUAAUUAAAGAGACAUCUAAUGGAAACAAAGAGGUUAAACUUCUGUUUUCAGAGUCUUCAAUAAAAAACUCCCCAGGAAAUGCUUUUCAAGUCUCACUUGAGUCUUACAUAACAUUUCACCAUCCUUCAGAAAGUAGAAAUGUGUCAGUACAGUCAAGUUUUCUCAUGUUGCAGAGAUGACAAAUUCAGAGAGCACAGAGAAACUCCUUCUGCAGAUUCUUUGGGACUGGCUGAGAGAACAAAGCCUCCUUAGAUCUCCAUUUUUCCCAGUUUUAUUCUCUCUGACCAUCCACCUGAGCUGCUGCUUGCCUUACUUAUGUCUGGAUUUGCUCUGUUCAAGACUCACCCUGGUACGCCGCUUCAAGAUCCAGCCUCAAAACAAGGUGACAUUGGCAGUGGCUUCGAGGUGCUUGCUCAAAAUCUUCCACAACCACGUCUGCUUCAUUUUCCCCAUUUCUGUUGUGCAUUGGUACUUGAGACCUGUGUCUUUUCCUCCUUUGGCACCCGAGAUGCAGUCUGUUCUUAAGGAUGUACUGGCCUGCCUCCUCCUGUUCGACAUGGAGAUCUGUUUGUGGCAUCUGCUGCAUCACAAGGUGUCCUGGCUGUAUGUCUUCCACAAGGAGCACCACAUCUACACGGCCUCCUUUUCGCUGGCAACAGAACACACAGGUGUCUGGGAGAUGCUGAGCCUCAGCUUCUUCACAACACUGAACCCUGCCCUCCUGAACUGCCAUACACUCACCGAGAUGCUCUUCUAUGUCAUAAACAUGUAUCUGUCUGUUGAGGCUCACUCGGGCUACGAAUUUCCCUGGUCUCCACAUAGACUGGUGCCUUUAAGCCUCUACGGAGGAGCUCCGCACCAUGACCUCCACCACCUCAAAUUCAAAGUAAACUAUGCCCCAUACUUCACUCACUGGGACAGACUUUUUGGAACGCUACUGGGAGAAAACAGACAGAGGAAGUCAAGAAACACAGAGACUUUCAAAAGGUUGUGAUUGUCAUAAUAAAUGAAGGACAGGUUUGUUCUACUGUUAAUAAAAAAAUAAUGAAGAAAACUGACUUUGAUUAAACUGAUGCUGACAUUUUAAAAUUUAUACUAAAACAUUUGAGCAUGAAACACUCCUGUUGUGUUUCAUGCUCAAAAAUAGGUCUAGUUUGAAAAGUUCUAUCUUAAUCAAGGCUAUGUUUUCAACAGUGAUUGUUUCAAAAGGUAUAAAAAUCUAAACAGAAACUUUAAAGUGCGUCAGUAACAAAAAUAGUAGUUCAGACUAAUGAAUGAGUCAAUGAGUGAGCUCGCGCCUGCUGGCAAGAUCAAAGAAUGAGACAGAAGUCACGUAUUUAGUGAUGUUUUUUUCAUGAAUGUGACUAUUUGCAAAAGAGGGUUAGGCAUAUAGAUUGACAGCAGAAAUGUGGAUUAUGCUGCAGAAGUGGCCUGAAAGUUUUCUCUUUGUAACACAAUGUUCAUUCACCAUAAAGAAUGUUUCAAAGUACCACUUAAUCCUCAUAAAGCACUGAAAUAUAAUUGUUUUUUUUCUCCAACUACUUUACUUUUGCCUCAGAAUGUAAAACAGUGUUGUUGUGUUUUUGUUUUUUUGUAAUUAUCCUUCAGGUUCUUGGAUUUAUGAAAAUCUUCAAAAUAUUAAACCCUCCCCUCUGGAUGUAGAGCCCCAAAACCAACAGAUAAAAAAACUGCAUUCAAUGUACAUCAGUAAAUAGUUUGUACAAAAUUUUGUGCAAAAGUUCCCAUUUUCUUAAUGCUUAUAAGAGAAUGAGUUGGGUGUGUUAUAAGACAUAUUUGGACUCCAUACAUAGGCUUAAAAAUGUGGCUGUAAAAUGUUUAUUGUUUGCUUCUUCAUGAAGAAAAGUAGCUGGCUCAAGUUCAGUCACUUGUGAUGUCCCUCAGUUGCAAUAUCCUUUCACCGGAAAUGUCCACAAAAAGUGACUACUGCAUUCACUUCUCCAUGUUUAACUAAAAUACAGCUAAAUACACACGUUUGUCCACAUUUCACCACACUUUGAGUGUUUGCAUGAGUGCUUUUAUAACCAAAGAAAUGUUUUUGAAUGGCAAAACAUUUUAGCAAAAUAUUUAACAUCAUUGUAAAUAGUUCACAAAGACAAUAAAAUAAAUAUACUGAAA